UGUCUCUGAGAUCUUCUGACAUGGAAAACUACCUGUGCAAGGGUUCAGGACACCAGACGGUGCUGCAUCGCUGUGCCAUGGUGGGGAACCGUGAAACCAUGGCUGCUCUGAUUGAUGGAGGCUGUGCUGUGGACCUGCAGGACAGAGACGGAAACACCGCGCUUCAUGAGGUGUCCUGGCACGGAUUCUCCAGAUGUGUCAAACUGCUUGUCAAGGCCGGAGCUGACGUCCACAUCAGGAACAAGGCAGGAAACACACCACUUCACCUUGCGUGCCAGAAUGCACACGCGCAGACUGCUCGCCUUCUGGUUCAUGGAGGUUCUGAUCCAGAAGCCAAGAACAACGUGGGCGACACCUGUCUGCACAUGGCUGCUCGCUACAACAACCCCAACCUGCUGAAGAUCCUGCUGGGUUCAGGCUGCUGUAUGGCAGAGAAAAACCAGGGAGGAGACACGGCUCUCCACGUUUCUGCUGCUCUCAACCACAAGAAAACAGUUCAGCUCUUACUGGAGGCUGGUGCUGAUGGUAGGAUCAGAAACGCAGCUGGAAAAACAGCUCUGGACAAGGCCCGAGACAACCAUCACAAAGAAGUGGCUCUGCUCCUGGCCAACGCUCCUCAGGUGCGCUACCUGAGAGGAAGAACAACGAGGAGACCGAAGCUGAGAGCAGGACCCAGCCCGACUGUCACCAGAACAGAACCACAGCCCGACAGGGAGGUCACCAGCUCGGUGGAGGAUGCCGCCUGCAGCAGACAACCUGAGCUCAGAGCAGCCAGCAGGGUUCCGAACGAAUCAGACCUCCCUGAAGGCAGCAGUCACUUCCACACGUUGAAGGAAGGAGGAGACGGUUCUACUCCGAGUGGGAAAACCUAUCAGCUGUACACUCUGUACCGAGACAAGGACGGAAAAAUCCGACAGAUUCCGGCCGGCAGCUGCUGCUGCGAACCGCUGCUGAAGACGCUGGAGGGGCAGAUGGUGUCCACUCAGGAGGACAUGAGGCAGGACGUCCUAAAUGUCCAGCAGAAGCUCAGCAGACGGCUGGACAAGAUGGACCGCAGGACCAGGCACCAGCUCAAAGUGUUGGACAUGCUGACUCAGGAGAGAGCAGCAGCUGAGAAGAAGAAGAUGAUCUACAGGAUGGAGCAGAGAGCUGCAGAGGGAAGAGCUGAAGUUCUGAUGACUCAGACAGCUCUGAGACAUGAGCUGAUGAGCUGGUGUCUGUCCCAGCUGGAGGACAUGGACGUCCCGGUUCCGGCUGAAGCCCACUAUCACAAACUUCUGCUGUCUCCGUCUGUGGAGCAGUCUGACCUGGAAUCAGUCCCUCUGCUGUCUGGAGACAGCAGCGCUUCUCUGGCUACACACAUCAACACCCAGGAGUCCCGAUCCGAACCGGAGCAGACGGGAAGCAGAACUUACUUCGAAAUGAAGGUGGACAGAUGUUCAGAUGAGAGCUUGAACAGAACUUCUCUCCCUCCUCCUGCUGAGCGCGCCACAGACCUCUUGCUGGUCUCUGCUGCCCCCACCUGGCAGUCUUCAGGACUGCAGGACAGCCUGGCAUCAGCAGCCAGUGAUGGGGGGGCCUCCAGCAGCAGCAGGUCCAGCAUCAGCCACCAGAAACCGGCAGUGACCAUACAGCAGGAGCCCAGCAGACCUACUGACAGCACCACGGUCCUGGAGUUUUACAUGGAUCGACCCGCUGAUCCCACUUUCAGCCAGCAGAGGAACAACCUGCAUGCCAUUGAGGUGACUCAGCGGUUCUUUGACACCGUGUCGGCUCAGUUGGAGCACUGGUGCCACAGAAAGAUCCUGGAAGUGGAGCAGCAGACGGCACUCAGGACCCAGCUGGACAGGAAGGAGCUGGUGCAGCGAAUCAGCAUGCUGGAGGAGGAGCUCCACAGACUGAAGACCAAUCAGAACGAAGAGAACUGAGGGCCAGAUCGGCUACAACAUCCAACAGCUCUGAGGAUGGUGUAGA